AUGCACAAGCGUGAGAACACCCACAGUGGUCCCCCAAGAGAGAGGCCCACCCCACUCCUGCAGGCGCUCUCAGGCCUCCCCUGGGUCGGGGCUGGUCCACCACUGGAUCGCCCCUCUCAGAAGCUGCCGGCUGAGGAGGAUAUCUGUGUUAACUGUACGGGACUGAUUCCACGCACAGGUGAAAUCGUGCGGGCUGCGUCUUCCUCCGGCGUAUUUCGCUCAGCACCCUGGCCUUGGGCCCACGUGGUUGCGGCUGGCUCGGUCCCGUCCUUCCUCGCGCUUCCUCUUUCGGGCGACGGCCAGUUUCGCAAGGUCGUGGCCGCUGCUGGGCCGCCCGCCGUCUGUGGCGGGUUCCUUGCGUCCCUCCCGGAAGGGCGUCCCGGACAGGAGGAGCGGGAGGGCGCGGCGGCGGGUCCGGCGCGGGAGCCGGCGCGGCUGUGCGGCUACCUGCAGAAGCUGUCGGGCAAGGGCCCGCUGCGCGGCUACCGCAGCCGCUGGUUCGUGUUCGACGCGCGCCGCUGCUACCUCUACUACUUCAAGAGCCCGCAGGACGCGCUGCCCCUCGGCCACCUGGACAUCGCGGACGCCUGCUUCAGCUACCAGGGCCCCGACGAGGCGGCCGAGCCCGGCACAGAGCCGCCCGCGCACUUCCAGGUGCACAGCGCGGGCGCCGUCACGGUGCUCAAGGCUCCUAAUCGUCAGCUCAUGACCUACUGGCUGCAGGAGCUCCAGCAGAAGCGGUGGGAGUACUGCAGCAGUCUGGACAUGGUGAAGUGGGACAGCAGGGCCUCCCCGACCCCGGGGGAUUUCUCUAAGGGUCUUGUAGCCAGAGAUAACUCAGAUGUAAUUUGCUCACAUCCGGAUGCUUCUGCAGAGAAAGCCAGGAAUGUCCUCGCUGUGGAAGCCGCCCCCGGAGGGCUGGUAGGAGAGGCAGCAGCUCACCAGCCGGCCCCCGGGCACCCAAAUUCCAUUAAUUUCUCUUUCAAACAGUGGGGCACUGAGCUCAAAAAUUCAAUGUCAUCUUUCCGUCCUGGGAGAGGACACGGUGACAGUCGGAAGAGUGUGUUUUACACCAGUGAAGAGUGGGAGCUCUUAGACCCAAACCCUAAGGACCUGGAGGAGUCCAUGGCGCAGGAGGAGAGGAAGAAGCUGGCCCCCGAGGGAAACAAAGGAGUAACUGGCUCAGGAUUUCCCUUUGAUUUUGGACGUAUUCCCUACAAAGGAAAGCGUCCUUUGAAAGACAUGAUCGGAUCGUACAAAAACCGCCACGUCAGCGGUGACCCUUCGGCGGAGGGGGCACAGAGCACUGGCGGCGUCAGCAAGCCUGCAUCUGAGAUGCAGCUGCAGGUCCAGAGCCAGCAGGAAGAGCUGGACCGGCUGAAGAAAGACCUGUCCAGCCAGAAGGAGCUGGUGCGGCUACUGCAGCACACGGUCCGGUCCUCCCAGUAUGACAAGUACUUCGCCAGCAGCCGGCUCUCUGAGGGGGUCCCAAAGGACACGCUUGACCUUCUGCACCGCAAGGAUGACCAGAUCCUGGGCCUCAGCAGCCAGCUGGAGCGGCUCUCCCUGGAGAGAGAGAGUCUGCAGCAGGAAGCCAGGACGCUCAAGAGCAAGGUGGGCGAGCUCAGCGAGCAGCUGGGGAUGCUGGUGGAGACCAUCCAGGCCAAGGACGAGGUCAUCAUGAAGCUCUCGCGCCAGCUCAGCGAGGGCGCAGACCACACACCCUCUGCUGCAGGGGUGCCCGGCUCCCCCACCUCCCCCAGCAGGGAGCACCUAGAGCUGGACAGGCUGAAAGAUAACCUACAGGGGUACAAAACCCAGAAUAAGUUCCUAAAUAAGGAGAUUUUGGAGCUUUCGGCACUGCGGAGAAACGCGGAAAGGAGGGAGCGGGACCUGAUGGCCAAGUAUUCCAGCCUGGAAGCCAAGCUGUGCCAGAUAGAAAGCAAGUACCUGAUCCUGCUCCAAGAGAUGAAGACGCCGGUUUGCUCGGAAGAACAGGGGCCUUCUCGCGACGUCAUAGCUCAGCUGCUGGAGGACGCCCUGCAGGUUGAGGGCCCGGAGCAGGCAUUCGUGAAGCCUCAUCUUGUCAGUGAGUAUGAUAUCUAUGGGUUUAGGACCGUCCCAGAGGAUGAUGAGGAGGAGAGGCUGGUGGCCAAGGUCCGAGCGCUGGACCUGAAGACCCUGUACCUCACGGAAAACCAGGAGGUGUCCACCGGUGUCAAGUGGGAAAACUACUUUGCGAGCACUAUGAACAGGGAGAUGGCGUGCUCCCCGGAGCUGAAGAACCUGAUCCGGGCGGGCAUCCCGCACGAACACCGCUCCAAGGUGUGGAAAUGGUGCGUGGACCUCCAUACCAGGAAGUUCAAGGACAGCACCGAGCCCGGGUACUUCCAGACGCUGCUCCAGAAGGCGCUGGAGAAACAGAACCCGGCCUCCAAGCAGAUCGAGCUGGACCUGCUGCGGACUCUGCCCACCAACAAGCAUUACUCCUGCCCCACCUCAGAGGGCAUCCAGAAGCUCCGCAACGUCCUGCUGGCCUUCUCCUGGAGGAACCCGGAUAUUGGCUACUGCCAGGGUCUGAACAGGUUGGUGGCAGUGGCCCUUCUGUACCUGGAGCAGGAAGAUGCUUUCUGGUGCCUCGUUACCAUAGUGGAGGUGUUCAUGCCGCGAGACUAUUACACAAAGACGCUGCUGGGGUCCCAGGUGGACCAGCGGGUGUUCAGAGACCUCAUGAGCGAGAAGCUGCCCCGGCUGCACACGCACCUGGAGCAGUACAAUGUCGACUACACCCUCAUCACGUUCAACUGGUUUCUGGUGGUGUUUGUGGACAGCGUCGUCAGUGACAUCCUCUUCAAGAUCUGGGACUCUUUCCUUUACGAGGGACCAAAGGUCAUUUUCCGGUUUGCCCUGGCGCUUUUCAAAUACAAGGAGGAGGAGAUCCUGAAGCUGCAGGACUCAAUGUCCAUAUUCAAGUAUCUCCGCUACUUCACUCGCACGAUCCUCGACGCCAGGAAGCUGAUCAGUAUCUCCUUCGGGGACCUGAACCCGUUCCCCCUGCGUCAGAUCCGGAACCGGCGCGCCUACCACUUGGAGAAGGUGCGGCUGGAGCUGACGGAGCUGGAGGCCAUCCGCGAGGACUUCCUGCGUGAGCGGGACACCAGCCCCGAUAAGGGCGAGCUGGUCAGUGAUGAGGAGGACACCUGAGUGCCCCCCACCCCGUGACACUGCUCUUGUCUUCACAACCAAAGCUGAAAGGAUACACGGCAGAGGGGUCUCUGCUCAUCGGAAAGCCCGAAUGUAAUGCCCGUGGUCUCUGGAAGUCUGCUGGGCGGACGUCCACG